GACAUUCAACAAUGUUGGAAGUGACAUAUUGGCAAUUUCAAGGCCGUGAGAUCUCAUUUGGUCACAAUCUGAAUCUGACGUUGCGAUCAGUUAAAUGGACAGUAAACUAGCUACAGCUGUAGAAGAAUGGAUGAAAUAUGAUAAGAAUGAAGUUACGCGCUCACAAAUUCAGUCAAUGAAGGAUAAAGGAGAAUGGGAUAAUUUAAAAAAGAUAUUACUCAAAAGAAUGGCUUUUGGAACUGCUGGAUUACGAGCAAAAAUGGGUCCGGGAUUUUCUCAGAUGAAUGAUUUAACAAUUAUACAAACAACUCAGGGAUUACUUAAAUAUUCACUAAAAGUAUUCUCAAAUCUAAUGUCCGAUGGAAUUAUAGUAGGUUAUGAUGCUCGCCACAAUAGCAGGAAGUGGGCGUUUAUCGUUGCUAAUGUAUUUCUUAAUGCUGCUUGCAAAGUCUACCUAUUUAGAGAUGCAUUGCCAACUCCUUUGGUGGCAUUUGGCGUCACACAUUUCAAGACUUCUCUAGGUGUUAUGGUAACUGCAUCACAUAAUCCAAAGGAUGAUAACGGUUACAAGGUUUAUUGGUCAAAUGGAUGUCAGAUAACCAGUCCCCAUGACAAGGGUAUAUCAGAAUGUAUCCUUCAAAGUUUAGUUCCUUCGGAGUCAUCGUGGAAUUUGGAAUCUGUAGAGAAAAAUUCUUUAUGCAUUGAUCCAAUGCCUGGAAUUUUGGAAACCUACUGUAAACUACAAAAAAGCAAACUAUGUUUUACAGAAUCUGAAAACCAGAAAUGUCAGAUGCCUUUUGUUUAUACACCUAUGCAUGGUGUAGGCUGGGAAGCAGUCAAAGCUUUGAUCUCAGCUUUCGGUUUUCCACCGCUUAAACCAGUCCCAGAACAAAUUACUCCUGAUCCAGAAUUUCCAACUGUAGACUAUCCUAAUCCAGAGGAAGGUCGUUCUGCGCUCAAUUUAGCUAUGAAACAUGCAGAUUCUAUUAAUAGUACAAUCAUUUUCGCCAACGAUCCUGAUGCUGAUAGACUAGCAAUAGCAGAAAAACAAAUAUCUGGUCAGUGGAAAAUUUUCAACGGUAAUGAACUUGGAGCGUUAUUUGGUUGGUGGUUAGUUAUGCACUGGAUGAAAACUAAUGCGAAAUCAACCUAUUCGAAAGCUGCACUGUUAUCCAGUACAGUAUCAUCUAAAAUAUUAGAAACUAUCGCCAAAACUGAAGGAUUUCUCUUCGAAGAAACCCUAACAGGUUUCAAAUGGUUAGGCAAUCGGUCGCGUGAGUUGGAAUCUAAAGGUAUCAAAACAAUUUUCGCCUUCGAAGAAGCUAUAGGUUUUAUGUGUGGCGAUGUUGUCUGUGAUAAAGACGGUGUUGGAGCUCUAGCAGUAGCGGCUGAAAUGACAGCUUUUGUUUAUAGAGAAGGGAAAACUUUAUCUGGACAGUUAAGUGAUAUAUAUGAAACGUAUGGUGAACAUAUUUCUAAUAACGGUUAUUAUUUCUGUUAUGAACCAGAGAAAAUUACUCAAAUGUUCGAUCGUAUUCGUCAUUGGCCAGAUAAACCUGGUCCCAAAGGUUAUCCUCAAAAAUUAGGACAAUUUAAAAUAACUGGGAUACGCGAUUUAACAGUUGGCUAUGAUGAUCACUAUCCAGAUUUCAAACCGGUAUUACCUGUCAGUGCAUCUAGUCAACUGAUUACUUUCGAUUUCUCAAAUGGUGUGACAUUAACAAUUCGUACAAGUGGAACUGAACCGAAAAUUAAGUACUAUUCUGAGAUGAGAUCGAAACCCAGAAGCAGAACACUUUACCAGUCUUUGGAAAAUGAACUUCAAGAACUUGUGAACAAAAUGAUUGAAGAAUUUUAUCAGCCUGAAAAAAAUGGCUUUGUACCUCGGGUGGAAUAAAUUUGUCAGCUUAUAUGUUAUCACUAUGUUAUCAUUUCGUUUUGAUUUGAUUUACAAAGCCUCUUAUCUUAUGGCUUUGUUUUUUUGAUGUCUUUUCCUACUAUUUCUUACCUUUUUUUAUUGAUUAGUUUAAAAAUUUGUUUUGUAGCUAUUUGAUGAUAAAUAUUAAUGUCUAGUUUAAUCUCUUCUCUUCUGUUUGUUUUUUUAUUGAUUUCAUUAGUUUUAUCUGAUUUUUCUCUCUCCAUUCAUAUGAAGAAAUAAGCAUAUUGUCCAACAGAAAUAUUGUAAACAAAAAAAGAGAUCUGUGAAAUUCCUGAUUUCUCUGUAACCUGGUUAUCUCUACGCUGUUGAGGAAAAAUCUAGUUUAAAAAGAAUAAUAAUGUUCAACUUUACUUGUGGGGUUUUCUAGAAAUAAAGUACUGUAGUUUUCAGUUUCAUAAUAAUUUACUGUAAUGCAUAUUGUUACUGAAGUCUUUUCAGUUUUUAAUUGAUAAACGGAUAAGAGUGAAGAAAUGUAAUGUGUUACAAACAAUAAUAUAAUAC